UCCCCCGCUAUUGAUCGUCGCCGGCGUCCUCAACAUGGCGCCGGGGGUGGCGUUCGCGCUGAGCCUGAUCCUCGUCGUCGGUCACCUGCAGGAAGGGCCAGGCACUCUCGCGAAGACUUUCACAUUUCCCGAGUAUCCGUACAAGGAGACCACCAAAAAUGAGCUUCUUUUCCGGCAAUUCGAGCAAGCUUGCGAGGAGAGCGGCGGCUGCAAAAUGUUGUCGCACAGGAGCGGUGUCGCAAAAACAAGAUGCAUUCGAGAAUGCGUGUCGCCGUCUUGCUACAAGGAAAUUUAUUUAUUCGAUCAGCUGGAGGAAGGUGAGAUUGACGUGAGAUUAAAUUCCUUCAAGGGUUGCUUCAUGCAGCGAAACGGACGACCGCGCAAGUAAAAGACGAAGGAACGAGGAAAAGCCGCUCGAUUUCUAAUCGCGAGAUGAAAGAACGAGCGAGCGAACUAUCGUGGGACGAACCCCUUCGACUUUUAUUAUAAUUGUGAGAAAAGAAUGAAAAAAAGGACACAGUCCGUCGAGUCUGACGCUCUCUCUCUGUUGCUCUCGGAGUUUGUUGCUUCAAAAGGAUGAAAUUGACGGACUAACACACAGGACCGCGCCGCAUGAUUGAACAUUCUACGAUAAUUGCUGAAUGUGUAUUAUUUACAAAUGCACAUUGUGCGACAUAUUGCAAAGAAUAAUAAAUUGUAGAGAGAAAAAGAGAGAGAGAGAGAGAGAGAGAGAGAGA